ACUGAUUGAAGUUUUUGUGAUUUGGUGAAUUGUAAAUCGUAUUUGACGAUUUUGAUGUGUUGGAAUUUUUAGUGUACUUUAAAUAAAUUUGUUUAAUGUGAUAUUACAUCGAUCAUUAUUUUUAUACGUAAGAAAAAAAUAUGUCGGGCUUCGACUCUAAAUACGAUAUGUUUCCGGCGGGCGAUGUGGGUUUAGUUGAAGGCGAAAUGAAUGUACCGACCAGAGGCGUUCCGUCUGGUGACAGUAUGGAAUUUAACACACUAGAUGAACCAAUCAAGGAAACGUUCUUACGAGAUUUGAGAGCUGUCGGAAACAAAUUUUACCAUGUCCUUAUUCCAAGAGAAAAAACUAGUUUAUUGAAAGAAUGGGAUUUAUGGGGUCCAUUGUUACUGUGCACCUUCAUGGCUACAAUUCUGCAAGGGUCCACAGAAAGAGCAGAUAAUUCAAACGACGGUGGUCCCGAGUUUGCAGAGGUGUUUGUACUUGUGUGGAUCGGUGCAGCUGUUGUCACUUUAAACUCAAAGUUGCUGGGAGGAAACAUAUCAUUCUUUCAGUCAGUAUGCGUGUUGGGUUACUGUCUGUUCCCAAUAGCGUUGUCACUUAUCAUAUGUAGAGUGAUUCUGUUUACUACGCAAAAUACCUUCUUGUUUUUCCUGCGUCUCGUCAUUUCUAUGAUCGGAUUUGCGUGGGCGACGUUUGCGGCUACGAAAUUCCUCGGCGAUAGUCAACCGGAAGGCAAGAAGGGUCUCGCAGUAUUUCCUAUAUGCUUGUUCUAUUUCAUCUUAUCAUGGCUUGUCGUAUCGCACAGCAAUGUUUAGGAGAAUAAGCUAUUCUGUAUUUAUUUAUUGUGAUACGAAUUUUAUAUUAUAUGUGAAUAAAUGUUAGUUAAGUA